AUGAAUGAAAACAAGCGCCCGGGGGUGGGGGCGAGGGCCCCGCCUCGGGAGGCGGCCGCGGCUUUUAAAGUGGCAGCGCCCUCUCCCGCCUCGCCCGCGCCGCGCGCUCAGCACCCGGGCCGCCAGGGCCGCGGCGCGCUCCGGUGCGCCCCGACACGGGAGGCGCUCGCUGCGGGCGCCGCCCUGCGCCCGGCCCCGCUGCCCGGAGGUGUCCGCCCGCCCGCCCCGGUCCGUCCCGCACCUGCCGCACACUCACCCAGGCCGGAGCGGCGGCGGGGGCCCUCGCCGUGCGGCCCGGCCCGGGUCCCGGUGCGGGCGGAGGGCGGCGCCGCAUCAACCGCGGCGGAGAGGACGCGGGGGCAUCGCCAGAGCCGCGGCGCGCAGGCCCGCCCCUGCCGCCCCGCCGAGCGCCCCGCGGCCCCCUUCCGGCUGCCGCGUGCGGCUCUGCCGCGACCUCUCCCGGCUCGGGUGCGCCCGGCGGCUCAGCUGCAUCCACCUGGGGCUCCGCGCCUGCAGCCCCUUCCGAGAACCAGCUUAGGAAGUCCCUUCGCCCGGGCUCUCCGAGCCUCGGGAACGCGAGCUGGGCGCGGGGAGGAGGUGUGCGCGCGGGGCGCCGCUCGGCUCCCUCGGCUACCCGCGAGGCCGGCGGGCAAGGGCGGCUUCUGCCGAGAGGAUCCACGUCGCGGGCGCCGGUGGGGGAGGGGCUUCCACCCGCUUUCGCGGGGCGAGAGGAGCAAGUCCGGGUGCUUCUCAGAGCGAGGCGGGUGGACGUCGUCCCGCGCAGGCCGAAGCGCUCUGCCGAUCCCGCACGCUGGGCAGUGGACACCGCGUCCCGGGAGCCGUGGUCCGGGCAGGUCAGACUCUCCUGGGCAGCGCUCACUUCCAGUCCUCCGCCCCCGCGGUUCCACGGCGAAACGCCUGCCACAGAUGAUCACAGAGAAACACGUACAGGUUCCCUUCUGAGCCGUGGCUGGUUCUUCAUUUCUGUAAGAAAAGAUUAGCCAUCUCUCCUGCUGAUCUGGCAUUUGUAGUGAGGAGUGGAAUGGCCCUUGCAAGGAGCACCUCGGAUCUUUGACUCUGGUCAGCACACGUCACUAAUCUCCCACUUCCGAAAAGGCCUACUGCUGUCCUGUCUUCAGAGCCAGACGCAGAAGAACCUGGGUUAAUUGAAACCUACAAUUGCCUCCCAAGAUAGAGCCGUAAAAAAUAAAAUUGUGUUUUCAUUAAAACGUCUCCCGGGGC